AUGAUCGCUUACAAAAUAACAGCCAUUUUCCUACUGGCGUCGGUCGCUGCAGCUCGACCCUCAGAAGGCUGGGAGCCGGAAGGCCACUCGCACACAGAACACACGAAACCCUACCACGUAACUGUUGUUAAGAAGAUAGGGGUACCAAUUCCUCAUCCAGUGGCAAUAUCAGUUCCCCAGUAUGUGAAGAUCCCGAUACCGCAGCCCUAUCCUGUUCACGUGACUGUUGAACAACCGAUUCAUGUACCGGUUUACAAGGUUGUCCCUCAGAUAGUGGAAAAGCCAGUUCCAUACACCGUGGAGAAACCAGUCCCCUAUGAAGUGGAGAAACCCUACCCCGUGGAAGUGGAGAAGAAGGUUGAGGUACCCAUCCCCAAACCUUACCCAGUCCACGUACCUGUGUACAAACAUAUCUACCAUCAUAAGGGAGGAAAACAUUAA